GCGGUUUUAAAGCUAUAACAAAAGCAUACAUGCCGUUAAUAAAUGGUGACAUCUCUUAAUUGGAGAGCAACAAAAGAAAAGGGCUGACAGAAUUGUCCUGGUUCAUUUUCAUCAGCUCAUCAUUACUUGACCACAGAGGACUUUUUAUAUCCUGGAGCUGCUUAGGCUGAGCAUGCUUGCACGGCCCAGCUAUGAAGUUAUGUACAGGAGACGCGCGUUAAUUUAGUUUCAUCAAAUGAUGUCAGUAUUUAAAAUGGCGCUGGUCAUUAUACACCCAUGCUAAGACUUUAGGCAAUUAUCCUGCAUGUUUUUGCUUCGUGCGAUUAGUCUUCUUCUCCUCCAGUUUCACUUUGAAUGUCUGCUCGCUGCUGACUGGCAAUCAGGUUGCUGAAAAGUGCCUUUUCUGAAGAUUCUGCUGCUUGGAUUUCUAACUCGGGCUUUUUUUUCCCUUUUGGCUUUGCUUAAAGCAGCUCUUGGAGACGACAAAUCACCCAUCCUUUUCGUUUCGCCGAACGCCCCAAUUUUUUUCUCCCUGCCUUUUUCACGCUCAACAGCAAGUAUUCCCUCUCUUCUUUCUUUUCUCAUCACUCCAUCUUCAUCUUCCACUGUCUCACGAUCAGUUAAUGCGCGAUCUAGGGAAUAGAGAGAGAGAGAGAGAGAGAGAUCUUCACCUCCCUCUCCCCAAGAGAAGUGAAGCUUAACUGUAAAUUGAAGCACCGACAGCAACAUAUGCUACAAGAGAAUUAAUCAAAACCAGUUACUGGAGAGCACGGAAUUCCAUUGACAGGCUGCUGCUACCUUCAGAUAACUUCUUCACUUGGCACAAAAGGCGAUAUAUUUUUCUGCCAACGCACAUCUAAAGGGGCUAACCCGUUAAUCGAUGCCCGCCUGUUUGUGUGAUGAAUUCUUUUUAAUUUAAGAUUGGCUCUUUGACCGAUGUCAUGUUUCUGCACAGCGAUCUGACUAACUGAAAACCUAAGUGCUGAGAAGAAAAAAAGAAAUAUAUUUUUUAACCAAAGGAACGACUUUAUUUGUUAAGUUAUAAUUUUAACUUACUUUUAUACACUUUUUUCUUAAACUGGUACUGUUCUUGGGGGGGUGGGACAGAAUAAAAGUAAAGUGGGGGGGAUUCGAUUACCCACAUAUCCUUUCAAUUUCCUAAUAUGGCUGUGAAUGUUUCAAUGAUCCGUGACACAAAAUGGCUGACAUUGGAAGUGUGUCGGGAAUUCCAGAGAGGGACUUGUUCCCGGUCCGAUGCGGAAUGCAAGUUUGCCCAUCCUUCACGAAGUUGCCAUGUUGAAAAUGGCCGUGUCAUUGCCUGCUUCGAUUCAUUGAAGGGACGUUGCACUCGGGAAAACUGCAAAUAUCUCCACCCACCCCCACACUUGAAAACGCAGCUGGAGAUCAAUGGACGGAACAAUCUAAUCCAGCAGAAGACUGCAGCAGCCAUGCUCGCACAGCAGAUGCAAUUCAUGCUGCCAGGCACACAGCUGCAGCCAAUGACGACAUUUCCUGUUACUCCAUCUUUAGCAACAAAUCAUACAAUGGGUCUUAAUCCCUACCUGAGUCACAUGACCCAUGGGAUGGGAUUGGUUCCAACAGAACUGCUACCAAACACACCUGUCCUGGUGUCAGGGAAUCCCACUGUUACAGUCCAAGGAAACACAGCUUCACAGAAACUAAUACGAACAGACAAAUUGGAGGUUUGCAGGGAGUUUCAGCGUGGAAAUUGCACUCGGGGUGAAAAUGAUUGCCGCUACGCACACCCCCUCGAAAUGGCAAUGAUCGAUUCGAAUGAAAACACUGUCACAGUUUGCAUGGAUUAUAUCAAGGGCCGUUGCUCACGGGAGAAGUGCAAGUACUUUCACCCGCCCGCACAUCUGCAAGCCAAAAUAAAGGCCGCUCAGCACCAGGUGAAUCAGACUGCAGCCGCUGCCAUGGCCCUCCAGCCUGGUGCCCUCCAACCUUUACCAAAGAGGCCAGCACUUGAAAAAACCAAUGGUGCCACCACAGUGUUUAACCCCAGUGUUUUCCACUACCAACAGGCUCUAGCUAAUAUGCAGCUGCAACAACCAACAUUCAUCCCAACAGGCUCAGUGUUGUGCAUGACUCCCACUGCAAGUGUUGUACCCAUGAUGCACGGCGCUACGCCCACCACUGUGUCCGCAACAACACCUGCUACCAACGCUCCCUUCGCAGCAACAGCAACAGCCAAUCAGAUGCCCAUUUUAUCAAUAGAUGAACUCAGUAGCAGCAUGUUUGUUACACAGAUGUAGACGUUACGAAUAGAACAGACAUCAUGUUGAAAUAAUGAACAGCACACUGGUGGAAAACCAGAACAUGUCCUUGGGAAGCUGCACAUGGCCUUUGUGUACAUACUCCCAUCAUCCCCAUGCUACCACCUCCACAGUAAGCCUACCACAGCCUACAUGCUAACUAAAACCAAAAUGAUGGGAAUGUCAAGAAGAAAAACAAAAAGCACUAUAAAAACGUCAAGUAAAUUUACAUACUCCUGUUAGACACUACUUAUAUGUAGUAAUUAAAUGAGAUAUACUACUGCUUAUAUCUCAUUGCUGUAACACAUUUAUAAUCAAUUCAUGGUAAUAGUGAUAAGCAUUUUCAACGUAUGAAGACUGUUGGUUUAAUGUAUAUUAUCAAUAGAAAUUGUUUAUCCGUCUCAAUUUUUAUGUAAGAGUGUUAUCUUAACUGAAUGUUAAGUUUACAUUGGAAUAAAAAGUAGUUUUGUUUUUAAGGAAAUGUCUUUCGUGAAACAGGUUCCCCAAUAGCCUCCUACUUGGUCACCAUGUUUCCCAUUUAGCCCUUAUUACAAACAAAAAAUGAAUGUUAAUAAGAAACAGGACAAAAACAAUUGAAAUAGAGAGUGACAAUGAACUCCAGUCCUUACUGUGUGUCCGAUUUCCAAUUAUGCCUUGUCUAUGUAACAUCAAGUUUUAUAAACUUAGAAAAUGUAUCCAGAUUUAACAGACAUGUUUUGUAUAGCAAUAUUUUCAGUGUAAAUAUUGAUGCAUGCUUCACAAACACACCUACACUCUGAUAUUAGCUGGUUAUGGGCAGGAGCCUCUGAAUGGGCGUGCAGUUCUCAACUAUAUAAACAUUUCUAGUAGAAAAUUCAAGAUCUUACAAAAAGACUAUAUAAGCAUCACUGUCUGUGUAGACAUAUGAAACUUAUAUAAUUGACAGAUAUGUGCCAGAGUCAAUCUAUCACAUUGGCAAGUUACUGAAUAAUUGUACCUGAGGACCUCGAAACAGUCUAUUGUAAAGAAAAGACUGAUUUUUCUGCUAAUGGCAUGCUUUUUACUGCAAAUAUUUUUGUCCUGUUUUUCCUUCUGAACUGUUGUGAUGAAAUAGGCCUGGCUAUUGGGGAAUAGCCUUGCACGUGUUUGUGUGUUCUCUCAUUUCUAUUGCUGGUCAGAACCUCUUCCUUCACACUGUGUUCCAGUGCCUCAGAGAAAGCCGGGUGAGUGUCACUAAGCUUGAGUGAAUGUGGUAUAUCGAGGGUGUUAAAGGGACCCUGGUUCUUUGAAGCUAAAUCAAAUGCUUCGUUGUCGCCUCUGUGCUUCACUAUCAAGGUACAGGAUGUCUUUUCUGGCCACGGUAGACCUAUGACACAUUGAUAGUGGGCUGUUGUAGUCCCGCACUGCGUUUGGUGGCAUCAGCUAGGAAUAGACAGCUUCAGAUUACAGAUCAGUAUGUCAGCAAAGCUGUGGAAGCAUUCUAAUUAUGGUGGAGACUCAAUAUUCAAUCCUUUAAAUUGACUGGGCUGAGGAUUGGAAAACUGUUUGAAAUUGUCCAUGUUAAUACAUCUCAGAGCUGUGGGAUCCCAACUGAUCUCAUCCAGUUAAAGAGUCGAUUAAAAGUAACACUGUGUGAGGGAGGCAGCUCGUGUUCCCUUCAUUUGGAUCCUUGCUUGUGAUCCAAGGGUCUGGUUUAAUUUGCUUUUGGUUUGUUACACUGGGCAACAUUCAAGGCGAUGCCAUUAAAUGCAGUGCAUGUUCAGAAUCCAUUUCAGAGCUGCACUUGUGUCAUAAGCUGUAGAAGAUCACUGUGAAUGUACACUCGCAGCUUGACUAGUGUGUGGUGAUUACAGGGUUGAGGUAGGUGUUGUCUCUGAGCAUUAAGAGAUAUGCAACUGAAAAGUUCAUUAUCUUCAAUGGAGCAAUCCUUCGAACUGGCUCAGUACUUCAAACCAUCACCCCUUUAGCCUCCCAAAUCACUCACAUCACCAUUCCCCAGCCUACAAUGCAGGGUGUGUAAAAUGUAAAUCUGGAAUUUAAAAUAACUUCCCAUUUCAAGAAAGGUCAGAGGUUCCUGCUGAUAAAAAGACAGACAUGGAGGAUGUUUAGGGUAGUUUAAUGAGGUGCCUCGGAUGCUUCAGCAUCACUGGCAAAUUAAAAAUUAAAAAGGGUUAAAAGCAACGAAAGCUCAAAGCACUAGUGUCGCCAAAUGCAAUUUAAAAAGAGGCAAAAAAGCGCCAUUUCAGAAGCCGCACUAAGAGAAAACAAUACUAAAUGUGCAAUGAAUUAUUCCAAAUGAUUUGUUUAAUUGAAAAAAUGGAAGUCGUCAGACUAUAAAUGUCAUUAGCUCGUGUGCAUUCUUCAUAACAGUCACGUUGAUUGAAAGUGACUCUAAAUAAGAAUUUUCAGCAUCACCGACUCAUUUCUUUGUAUCACAUUGCGGGAUGGCUGGAAUCUGGUGCCCAGCGCACUGGUUUUCACCACUUCGUCUCAUCUCACACCACCUCAUCAUCCAACAUCUCUGUUUACAUCAUCCACAGUUCUGUUUUCUUUUUUUCUUUUUGUUUAGUUUUCUCAGCCUUAUGCAAAUGAUAUGCAAGAAAUCCUGAACCUUGGAUAAAACGGGUCACACUGAGGGAAAGUGGAAAGAAGAGGGUAGAGGACAGAGACAGGGAUUUUUCCAGUUGGGCUGGACAAAUUUAGAAUUAACGUUCUGUUUCCAUCGCAGCAAAAAGUGCAACACAAAGCUAGGAGAAGGAUAGGAAUCAAGCACACCAGUGCUUCUCCUGCUACUGAAAUGAUUAAAUGGCAGAGUCAUAGUACACCAGCCACAUGUUCCAUUAGCUACAUGGGAAUUUGAGUUAAUGUAGUUUGCAAACUCUGUUAGUGUAUCUGACAGAAUUAUAUAGUACUACAUUUCUUCACCCUUGUGUGUUUCACAGUACUGUACGCUGAGAACGGAAAAAUCUUUGGGAACAAAGUUCCAUUCCUCUCAGAAGGAUCAGCGAGAUUUGACUUGAUUAACUGUGUGCCUGUAAAAGGGCCUUAGAUGCUAUAAUGGUUUAAAACGAUAUAAUCUAUAGACGUUUGAGCCGAUAGCCUAAUCUAAAUGUCAGUACAUUACAGCACACGGUGUACUAUCAGUGAUAAGACUCAAGUCUAAAUUUUUCUUUUCUACCACUAAUCGCUGUCGUUUCUCUACUCUACAUUGAUUACUUAGUUUUAAUUACAGUCAAUUAAGAACUAACAAUUUAAAUCUGAGGGAGUGUUAAUAAAAGUUUGGUUUUAACAUUUGUAUUUGAAACCAUUUAUUAAUUCAUUAAAAGUCAUUUAUUUUAUGCUAACCUUCACUGGGAUAUGGUAAAAAGUUUAAUACAAUACAUACCUAGUUUGUGUAGUUUACAUUUUAGAAUAAAAUUAACUUUGUAUGUAACUCUUACAAUGAUAGAUUCAUUGUUAACUAAUUAUGAUAUUGAGUUGUUGCUAUGGCAACAAAACUACAACAUGGCUACCUUUGUAUAAAUUAUUUGUGAAUUUUCACUUGUAAUUUUAAAAAAAUGUACAUCGGCAUGAACUUUAAAAAAAAGGUACAGUUAGACACACUCAGGCCAAGAGAAAUGAUAUCCUUUGACUAUUUUGAAUACCCAAAGUUCCACUCAAAACAUACUUGAGACCUGAAUCUGUGUCUGUAUGUCCCUUUCUCAAAGAGGUUUACAACACAUGGAUUUAGAACCGGGUUUUAUAAUGAGUUGAAAGCGUGGUACAGUGUUGUAAAAAAAAACAAAACUCUGAAAAAUCUGAGAAUGCUGCAGUUUGACUGAUUUGACCUGUUAGUGUACGAUUGUGUGUGACACAUCUUUUUUUUUGCACUUAUGUACAUAGUUAAAAGAAAUAUUCAGAUCUUAUUUUGAAUAAAAAAAGGAACUGUGUUAAAUACAGAAAAGUUUGUUAAGGUAAAUAAGGUCGGCAUUGCUAAAGGCUUUGGAAAAAAGAAACGAGGAACAGUUUUUGCUAUAAAACUUAUCUGGAAGCAUGAUAGCGCUUUGCUGUUGAGAAAAGCUUUGUAGUUUGCCAUAGCUUUACUGUACAAUGAAUGAGAACAACACACUGAGUUCUAGAGUUUAGAAUCAAGCCUUCAGCAGCCAGAUACAAUCCUACUGUUGAAAUGGUCUAAACAGUAAAAAAAAAUAUUCAAAUAAAUUAGCCAUCAACACACAAAAGAACAGAUGAAUUGCAAGAUGAAAAAUAAACAAUCAUGUUACACUGAUUUCAAAGGUUCAAGUUCUAUAAUACUGUACACAGAUGCAAUCUGAUGGUGGAAGCCUACUGAUUUUGUUGCCAUGGCUGCUGUAUCCUAGCAACUGAGGGAAUGAGUAUCCCUGCUCAUGGGUUGCUUUGGAAACCUGUAAGCAGGACCUGUGCCUUUGUUCACUUAGCGUGCAUCUCGUUGUCACUUUCUAGGCUCGUCCUGCACGAGAGGCAGAUUUCUCUAUCUCAAACAGUGAUUUGAAAUCUCUGUCUACAGACUAGGGAGCAGAUACGUACCUGCUUGUGACUGCUGAGGUGGGUCAGAAUGUGAUUUCAACCCCGCACUUAAUCUGAGACCUCCUCUCUACUACACACCUCACAUUAGGCAAAGAAAAGACAUUGAAAUGAAGCGAAUGGAGCUUUUACCUUUUAAGACAAGGUCCCAAAAUUGCACAGAAGUUAAAGCUGUUCAUUCCCUCAACUGCUACAAGCAAGAUAGUAGCUUUGAAUUUCUUUUCUCUUUAGAUUUCUGCCAAUUUAGCUCGCUGUAGUGCUUGUACGUGCUUUAGAUAAGAUGUGCUGUAUGCUACAUAUUUCAGUAUUUUACUUAUAUUGCCAUUGUUUAAUUUCUGACCUUUUAAAAAAAAAUAAAGUGCUUAAAACGG